AUGUCUCUCUUCGCCGAGAGCCUCUGCCUCUCGGCGACCGACAGCUCGUCCAAUUUCGCCUUCUCAAGCUCCACGCCCCCCACAACCGUCGCCGACACGGCCAGCCUGCACUCGGACUCGUCCAAGCACGAUGUCAUCACCGUCGCCGACGACGCCGCCGACGCGCCCCCGGCCUUGCCCCGAGUCGACGAUGACGAGGCCACUCUCCUGUCGGCCGCGGCCCCGAGGCCCGUCUCGUCCUCGUCGCGCCGUUCCUCGCGCCGACGCGUCUCGACGCCCGUCUACAACAUUCCCCGCCUCAGCGGCACCGAAGGCCACGGGAAACGGCGUGCCAAGGGCGACGAGGUCUCGGAUCGCAAGCGCCGCCGCACCAUCUCGGGCGACACCCUCGUCGGCAGCAUCGAGGUCGCCUCCCGCACGCCCCCGACGGCGCCGAACGAGGACAGCGCCCUCAAGGCCGGCAUCGACGCAUUGAACCUCGCCUGGUCCCCCGAGCGCCUCAGCAUGCCCCCGCGCACCCGCCGCCAGACAACAAAGGAUGGCCCGAACGAAGGCGUCCCCUCCGGCUCCCGUCCCGCCAUCUCCUCCUUCGCCUCCCUCGGCGCCAAGCUCUCGAGCAUGGGCAGCAAGGGCCGCAAGGCCGUCGAUAGCGGCGUCGCCAAGAUGACGCGCGAGCUGCGCCGCCUCCAGGACACAAACGAGUUCACCGGCAUCGACGACAGGCCCGUCAUCCAUACCGUAUGGUCCAAUGGCAAAUUCGUCGACCCCAACAACCCUCCGCCGCCGCCGCCGCCGCCGCCGCCGCGCAAGAAGACAAAGGCCGAGGCGGCAGCCGACGAGAAUACGGCCAAGGCCGCCGCAUCCACCAAGGCUGCACCGUCCACCAAAGCCACGCCGUCCAAGGCCACACUAUCCAAGACCACGCCAUCCAAGGCCACGCCCAAGACAUCAUCCAAGGCCGCAUCCAAGUCCGCGACGAAGCCCACACCAAAGUCCGCGACAAAGUCCACGACAAAGCCUGCGGCACCCGUCUCCGAGCCGGAAGCCGAACGGCAAGCGUCGGAGCCCAUCACGAACAUCAGGACGCGACGGGUCAAGAGCUACCUCGUCAAGGGGCUCUACGCCGGCCAGGACACGCCCCGCGACGUCACCAAGGGCCUCACCGUGGCCGAGAAGAAGAAUCUCGCCCAGCUCGCCGAGCUCGCGCCCGGCCCCUGCACCAACAAGACGAUGCCCCUCCCCAUCUACACCGGCCUCCGCACCCUCAUCGCCGGCCGCGACUUCAAGCUUCCCUACCAAGUCUGCAACCCCAUGCCCCCUGGCCAGCCGAAGCCGGACGAGUGGAAGAAGAUGACGAGGAAUCGCUUCAUCGGCGACUCCAAGGAGUACUGGCGCAAGCUGCCGCACCUGCACGACUACCAGAGCAAGUGCGUCUGCACCCCCGACGACGGCUGCGGCGAGAGCUGCCAGAACCGCAUCAUGCUCUACGAGUGCGACAGCACCAACUGCAACGUCGGCAGCCUCCACUGCCACAACCGCGCCUUUGCCGACCUCGCCGCGAGGCGGUCCAAGGGCGGCAAGUACCGCAUCGGCGUCGAGGUCAUCAAGACGUCGGACCGCGGCCACGGCGUCCGCAGCAACCGCUGCUUCAAGCCGAACCAGAUCAUCAUGGAGUACACGGGCGAGAUCAUCACCGAGGUCGAGUGCGAGCGCCGCAUGAACGAAGUCUACAAGGACAACGAGUGCUACUACCUCAUGAGCUUCGACCAGAACAUGAUCAUCGACGCCACCACGGGUAGCAUCGCCCGCUUCGUCAACCACAGCUGCAACCCCAACUGCCGGAUGAUUAAAUGGAUCGUCUCAGGGCAGCCGCGGAUGGCCCUCUUCGCCGGCGACCGGCCCAUCAUGACGGGCGACGAGCUCACCUACGACUACAACUUCGACCCCUUCUCCUCCAAGAACGUCCAGCGCUGCCUCUGCGGCGAGCCCAACUGCCGCGGCGUCCUCGGCCCCAAGACGCGCGAGCCCAAGGCGCCCAAGGCGGACCUCAAGAACGUCGUCAAGGCGACGGUCAAGGCCGGGAAGCGCAAGCUCAAGGAGCUCCUCGGCGACGAGGACACGGCCGCGGCCAAGGCCAAGAAGCGCAAGAUCCAGCCGGCGACGGGCGUCAAGCGGUCCAUCUCGAGCGCCGGCGUCAAGGCCGCCAAGGGUGCCGCGACGGCCAUCAAGAAGGGCAUGACGACCAUCACCGUCGGCGCGAAGAAGGCAGGGCUCGGAAGCCAGGCCAAGGCGGGCGCGGGCAAGAAGGGCGCCAAGAAGGUGCUCGCAAAGUACGGUCGCUCCGGCAGGAAGCAGGUGCGGAUCCCGUCGCAGGCCUCGUCGAGGGCCUCGAGCCUCACCAUCGUCGCCAAGGGUGACGAGAGGACAAAGGCAAAGGCCAAGGUCAUGGUGAAGGCGAAACCGGUGGCGAAGCCGAAGGUGAAGGUGCUGGCAAAGGCGAAAACGAAGCCAUCGGCCGACAACGACAGCCUUGUCUCGGCUUCGACACCGCCCAAGGCGCCCAUCGCCAGGAUUCGAAUCGUGUCGAAGGGCGAGUAG